CAAACAUCAGCCUCGUCGAUCAACCAUCCAAGAACUUCCCUGAAAUAUCUAUAGUCCCUGCCCAUCGCCUAGCAGAAGGGGCCAGGGUGAAGCAAAAUGGAAGAUGGUAGUCCCUCAACCUACGGGGUGCCACCUCCGACCAGCCAUGCCGCCCUGUUAAUUGUUUUCCUGUGGGAGUCAAACACGGCCAGCCAACGCGACCUGGUGGCCCAUUUUCAGCAAUCGUGCACUGAAGACGUCGACAUUUGCGUCUGGUGUCCAUCUCAAGCUGUCCUGCGGUCGGUCGCCGCGCAGGGAUCCCGCCGCGACAGCCUAGCCAACAUCCAUGCAGUUUCUAUCCUCGCCUACCGCGCGGGAUGGUCGGGUCUCGUCGUGGCCGAUCGGUUGACUGCGCGCCAGCUGCGAGGGGAAGCCCACCUCGGGGAACGGGACUUUGUGACAGUCGUCAUGGUGGCCGUGCGCCGGAUACGGAUCGGCGAGCCGGCCAAGGACCAGGGUCAGGGCCAGGUUAGGGUGAUUGCAAGGCGCAGCGGUUACGCAGAGCGCAAGGAUGGGGUAUUAUUACGGACAUUGAGCACGCUGGAGCUGCCAGCGAGACUACUCGGGUACAACGAAAACACACCCCUCAUAUUCGACGAGUUAGGGCUGGAGCUUCAAGAUCCGGGGCGGCCAGUCUUUACGCCGGAUCAACCGGGGCUUCUGGCCCAUGAGGAGGUAAGGAUGGCCGCUCACCAGGCGCUCUCAAUGCAGGGCCAUCUGCCACCGGAACUGCAUUCGCCUAUUCUACGCGCAGCCGAGGACGAUAUCGACGAGCCCAUCCCCGAGCUUCCACGGCCGACAUCGCCACGGGGAAAACGUCGCGAUCUGUUCUUGUUCUUCCCGACCACCAACUCCACCCGCGAUGACACCGAUAUGAUGGUACAGUAUCUGAUUGCACGCGCCAAAGCACGGCUCACGGGAGAUGAGUAUCUGAUCGCGCAGCAUCUGCGACUGCGACCAUGGCCAUACGCGCGGCCCAUGUCCCGCUGCGAUCUAAUGCGUGUAUGGGCCGGUGUCAAUGAACAUUAUCUUCAUGGCCUUGCGCAGCCGAUCCCAGAAACCGACCCUGAAUCAGCCCAGUUUGUGCUCAUGUGGAAUGACAUUGACUCGGACCGGCAUGCUAUCAUCCAAGAGCCACUGGACACCAUGAUGCGGCCCCGGACCCCGAAUACCAACCGUGUGAGAGCCCAGAUCGACAACGGGGAGCCGCUAGACUGUCCUCAUGAGAUCCUGCACAAUCCGGGGAGGUCCUUCUAUGUAGACGUGCCCGAGUGGAUCUCGGUCGAUCCGGAUCUCUGCUGGGCGCGAUUCUUCUACCUCACCAACCAGAUUACUUCAGAGCAGGACCAGGCCCUCCGACGUGAGUUGCUCAGCACGAGCGAGGACCGCGUCAAUGCAGGAGAUGACCCCCAAAAGGACGCUGUUUUCAUUCCAUGGCAGAGGGAUACCCCGGAUGGUUCGCUAGACAGCGUGUGGAGCAUCUUCUGGAAGAUUUGGCAGUAUGAACGGGAGCACACCACGCACUACACCGUCGCGGGAAGGCAAUGCGGCAUAGCAUGCUUCAUCGACCAGCAAUCGCUUGUCGACCAUACGGUGCUUAUUGUCGACGGGGACUAUGCAGCUUCAGGGGAGAGUGCGCUCUAUAACAGGCUUGGGCUUAACAAGCCAACCAGCCUCCGAGGAUUCAGCUAUGCUCGGGUCAAAGCUAGGGAAGCCCAAUGGGCUUUUGAGCAAAUUCGGUCUCACUCCGUGUUCCUUGAUGAGAUGAACCUGACCAGCGAGACUCAGUCCCAUAUUAGGCCGGAUUGGCCGGCUGAGCUUGUACGACAGUUCAUGGACUCUGAUUCUGAUUCGGAUUGACCGCCACUGUAUGAAACGGAUGCAUUGUAAUGCUCUAUAAAAUGAUAUUGAUAUUUCAAUCACCGG